CACUCAUCAAGUACACAGUUCACUCUCAUCUAUCCUCGAUCUCUUCCUCCAUUUUUGGCUCGAGAAACAGAGCAAUGGUUCUUGGACUGCUGGUGAGUCCCCCAGCCACGGUGCUAUGGACAUUCCUGGGCCUGGCGCUUCUCUGGCAGGUCAAGCGGCUGGUUGACUACACGUGGUGGCGGCCGCGGCGUCUCCAGAGGGCGCUGCGCGCGCAGGGCCUCCGCGGGACGCCAUACCGCUUCCCCGUCGGCGACCUCGGCGACUACGGGCGGCAGGGCAAGGAGGCGUCGUACCUCUGCAACACCGUCCGGGAGCACGGCAAGACGUGCGUCUCCUGGUUCGGCCCCGUCCCCAAGGUGACCAUCGCCGACCCCGGUGUCACCCGGGAGGUGAUGUCCAACAAGUUCGGCCACUUCGAGAAGCUCCAGUUCCCGACGCUGACCAGGCUCCUCGCCGGCGGCGUCGCGGUCUACGAGGGCGAGAAGUGGGUCAAGCACCGGAGGAUUCUCAACCCCGCUUUCCAUAUCGAGAAGCUCAAGCUCAUGAUGCCGGCGUUCUCUGCGUGUUGUGAAGAGCUUGUGAGCAGAUGGACUCAGGCUCUUGGUUCUGACGGUUGGUGCGAGGUGGAUGUUUGCCCGGAGUUUCAGACCCUCACUGGAGAUGUCAUCUCACGCACCGCGUUCGGCAGCAGCUACCUCGAAGGAAGAAGGAUUUUCGAGCUGCAGUCUGAGCAAGCCGACCGCAUUGUGGCAGAAGUUAAGAAGAUCUUCAUUCCUGGUUACAUGUCCUUGCCUACCAAGAACAGACUGAUGCAUCAAACUAAUAACGAGAUUGAAUCCAUUCUACGAGGCCUGAUUGAAAAAAGAAUGCAAGCGAUGCAACAAGGAGAAAGCACCAAAGAUGAUUUACUCGGCUUAAUGCUUGAGUCAAACAUGAGGGAAACAGACGACAAGGGUCAGCCCAUCCUAGGAAUGACAAUUGAAGAAGUGAUAGAGGAAUGCAAAUUGUUCUACUUUGCAGGGUCGGAGACGACAUCAGUACUGCUCACUUGGACAAUGAUCAUACUGGCCAUGCACCCUGAGUGGCAGGACCGUGCAAGGGAGGAGGUCCUUGGCCUAUUUGCGAAGAACAAGCCCGAGUAUGACGGCUUUAGCAAGCUCAAAACCGUGACCAUGAUUCUUUACGAGGUUCUCCGUCUUUACCCGCCGGCCGUUGCAUUCAUGCGAAAAACAUACAAGGAGAUAGAGAUUGGAAGCAUCACCUACCCCGCAGGUGUGAUCAUCGAGCUGCCCGUGCUACUUAUCCACCAUGACCCCGACAUAUGGGGAAGCGAUGUGCAUGAGUUCAAGCCAGAAAGGUUUGCUGAUGGGAUUGCGAAGGCAUCCAAGGAUCCUGGUGCCUUCCUCCCAUUUGGUUGGGGUCCACGGAUUUGCAUCGGUCAGAAUUUUGCGCUGCUUGAGGCUAAGAUGGCUUUGUGCAUGAUCCUUCAACACUUCGAAUUCGACCUUGCCCCGACGUAUUCUCAUGUGCCGCAUAACCAGAAAAUGUUGCGCCCCAUGCAUGGUGCACAAAUUAAGCUCAGGACAAUAUGAUGAUGAGCAUUAUAGAAGUGUGCAUGAUAUCAUUUUAUUACAUAGUGUUUAGUGGAGCGCCAUGUAAUAAGCUUUCAUACUUACAUAUGUCUGAAAUAAAGUCCAAUCAUGUUGCACAUCUGUAACACUACCAAAAAUAUAUUCUUUUAUUCUUGAUUAUAAUUUUUCAUGUUGUAAUGUGGAAAGGAAUAUACCCCCUUUUUUCGCUAUCCUUC